CUCUUAAAAAACUCCCCUCUGGUCUAUAAAAGUUCAGUGUCUGCCUAACACUGUUCACUUCUAUGUGAUGCUGCUCAUGGCAUGAAUGAGCUCAAAACCCUCGAGGAAACGAUGAGCGUUGGUUUAUCGGUUGGGACAGGAAAACCACGCUGUCUCGCCGGGUUUGUUCCAGGCCACUGACCCAAUAAGAAGCCUUCGUCUCCUGCGGUUCUAACUGUUCGACAGAUCAAACAUUCCCGGUGCCGCAGUGUAUUCAUUCCCCUCCCCAAGAGUCAAGGACAUAAUGUGGCACGUCUCCAUCCUUGGCUGACUGACUUACAUCGAGGCCACCAUGCAGGAGUGUCACACUGGACUAUGUCUGUCUGUCUACAUCAUCACCUUUGUGCUGGGCUUCCCGGCCAAUGUCCUCGCCUUCUACACCUUCUGCAAAAAAGUGAGGCAGAAACCCACGCCGAUCGACAUCCUGCUCCUCAACCUGACCAUCUCCGACCUCCUCUUCCUCAUCUUCCUGCCCUUCAAGAUGCAGGAAGUGAUGAACAACAUGAUGUGGAACAUGCCCUACCCCCUCUGCCCGCUGUCCGCCUUCGUCUUCUACAUGACCAUUUACAACAGCACCUUCUUCCUCACUGCGGUCAGCGUUGAGCGCUACCUGGGCGUGGCGUUCCCCAUCCAGCACACGCUGAAGAGGCGACCAGUGUACGCCGUCGCCGCCAGCAUCUUCUUCUGGAUUUUCACCUUCAUCCACCUCAGCAUUGUGUUCAUCGUGCCCUUCAUCGGCUCACACAACUCCCCGAAUGCCACCUCAAGCCUCAAUGUCUCUUCCAUUGGUAACAAGAAGAAGGAAGUGUGUUAUGAGAAUUUCACACAGGCUCAGCUGAGGGUCCUGCUGCCUGUGCGCCUCGAGCUCUGCGUGGUACUAUUCUGCAUCCCCUUCCUGAUUAGCAGUUUCUGCUACAUCAACUUCAUCAGGAUUCUGUCCAAGCUGCAGCACAUUGGCCGGCGCCGGCGCCUCCGGGCCAUUGGCAUGGCUUUGGGAACACUGUUGGUGUUCGCUUUAUGUUUUGGCCCCUAUAACGUCUCGCACAUUGUCGGUUAUAUUACAUGGAGAAGUCCCGACUGGCGAGACAAGGCUCUGCUGUGCAGCACCUUUAACGCUUGUCUAGACCCUCUUAUUUUCUACUUCUCCUCCUCUGCUGUGAGAAAGACUGUGGGUAGUGUGAUGGAAGGGGUUAAGACUCGAUGCAUGUCCUGUCACAUGCUCCGGGCCUUGUGUGGGGGCACUAACAAGACUGCAAAAGAUAAGGAACACAAACAAGAGGAGAUCAAUGCUAUCUGAGUGGACUGAAAGAAAGCCGUGAGCAGCUGCCUGCACGAAUUAGUUAUUUCUUCAUACCUGGAAGCAUGAAAUGAAUGUCAUGUUUAUGUUUUUUUUACAUGUGAGAAAAAGACUUACUGUUUACAGUAUACUGUUAGACUUUCUGAUGAACUUCCUAUCAGAAAACAAGACAAAUGAGGAAACCUGAAUGACUGAGCAGGCCACAGCAGCUUUUAUGCAUUGUAAUGAGCAAGCCACAGAGACAGGCCACUUUGAACAGUCAUAUUCAAAUGAAAAAUACUUCUUACAUAACAGCAAGAUUUGAUGGGAUCUCAAGGCAGACAGGUGUGGUGGAGUGCUGCAUCAACAAAAUGAAUAUCUAAGCAACAGCUACGGACGUCACCUCUAAGCAAUAAGAGACAAAGCUUUCCUAACACCUUUGACCAUGAACAGGAUAUGUCGUCUGUUUGUAGAAACAUGCUCAUUAGGUGUCGGCUGUACUGGGACAACUGAAGUGUUGAAAAUGAAAGGGCUUUGUACGACCUUACAAACACGCAUGCAGCUAAUAUGCAGUUUGCUUAUAUUUGUGUAUUUUGUAUUUUUCUCUUGCAGAUUUGAGUUUAUAUUAUUUUUAAUCAUAUAAGGAUUUUAUAAUAUCGAAACUAUAUAUGGCAAUGAAGUAGCAAAAAUGUUUGAAUGUAUGUUUGAAUGCAUAAAAUAUAUGUCUGAAAGAUGUAUAACAGAUUUUGUAAUUACAUGAGACAAAACACAGAAGUACUAUUUUCAUACACAAAUCAUAUAAAAAUAUAUUUUGCAUAAUGUAGCAGUCAUAUAAUACAUGUUUGAGCGUACACGAGCCGAAGAAUAGAAAGUGACAACAUCAAGACAAACCGCUAUUUUCAUAAACAAAUCAUGUAAUAGUCAUAAAAUAAUUUGUUUUUGAAAGAGUGACGAAUGUGAACAUUGCAUGUAAAUAUCCAUUGCAUGACCUGAAUGUAGAUGUGAUCGUAUAUAACAUUUAUACCUUUUUAAAAAAACAUUUAUAUGAUGACAUUCAUAAAAAUAAAAUAAGAAAA